UUUAGGGUAAAGCUCAAAUCUCAAGCUCGAGCCGCUUCUAUCUCUCUACAUUUCUCUUUUAGCAAUGGCGAGAAUAGUGCGUGUGGCAAGAUCCUCCUCCCUCUUUGGCUUCGGUAACCGAUUCUACUCCACCUCCGCCGAAGCCAGCCACGCGUCGUCAUCGCCUUCGCCGUUAUUUCACGGCGGCGGAGCUAGCAGGGUUGCUGCGAAAGAUAGAAAUGUUCAGUGGGUGUUUCUGGGGUGUCCUGGUGUCGGAAAAGGCACUUACGCUAGUCGACUGUCGACCCUUCUCGGCGUUCCUCAUAUCGCCACCGGUGAUCUCGUCCGCGAGGAGCUAGCUUCGUCUGGACCUCUCUCUCAAAAGCUAUCGGAGAUUGUAAACCAGGGAAAAUUGGUUUCGGAUGAGAUUAUUGUAGACUUAUUGUCCAAGAGACUUGAGGCUGGUGAAGCCAAAGGUGAAUCAGGGUUUAUUCUUGAUGGCUUUCCGAGGACCAUGAGACAAGCUGAAAUACUGGGAGAUGUAACUGACAUCGAUUUGGUGGUGAAUUUAAAGCUACCUGAGGAAGUUUUGGUUGAGAAAUGCCUUGGGAGGAGAACCUGUAAUCAGUGUGGCAAGGGUUUUAAUAUCGCUCACAUCAACUUAAAGGGUGAGAAUGGAAGACCUGCAAUUAGCAUGGAUCCACUUCUCCCUCCACCUCAGUGUAUGUCAAAGCUCAUCACUCGAGCAGAUGAUACUGAAGAGGUGGUGAAAGCAAGGCUUCGUAUAUACAGUGAAACGAGCCAGCCACUUGAAGAAUACUACCGUAGCAAGGGAAAGCUAAUGGAGUUUGACUUACCUGGAGGCAUCCCGGAGUCUUGGCCAAGGCUAUUAGAAGCCUUAAGGCUUGACGACUACGAAGAGAAACAGUCUGCUGUGGCAUAGUUCACAAUCGAAUCCCGGUAUUUAAAUUCUUUGCAUGUGGAAGACAUAUGCCUAAUCAAUUUUGUGUUGGAAAUAAAAGUACAAGAAAAACCGUAGAUUGUUUGUUUUUACUCUCAAUAGAAUAAUCAUACACACUUGCAAACUAUUAUCUUUCCAUGAGCCUGGCGCUGCAUGAGAGAAAUUUUCUGUAUCAAUGAUUGUUUGAGCUUGCUAGUGACACUAUACAGGAAUGUAUCAAUACAUUUACUCUACUUGUUAUGCA